AGACCGGAAGUAUCACCAAUCGCAAGGGAACCUGCAGCCGCCGAACGUGUCCAGAACCUGUUCGUGCGAAGAACCUGGAGAACUUACGUUUCUUAAGCGCGACUAAGAAUUACAUAUAUAAAGAGGCUGGAAGAUCUUUCAGGCAUUAGACUUGCAGCAUCUUCAGUUUACACACCUGAUCAGCACUUCUAUACCAAGAUGUACAGGACCGGACUCCUCCUCCUGGCCGCCGCGCUGCUUCCCUUGGCCGCCGCCUAUGGCGUCCCGAGGCAGCCGCAGCCGCCCCAGCAGGCUCCUUCCUACCAGCAAAGUCAGCAGGAAAUUUCUCCAAUCCUCUUCCCUUCCGAAUCCGGGCCUGAGCAGCAAAAGCUCUGCCCAACCAGCACCGUCUACCAGAAGGUGACGGAGACGCAGGUCGUCCCAACUUACGUCACCAAGACGCUUGAACGCUACGUGACGGAAUACGAAACGCAGGUCCAGACGCAGUACCAGACCGUAGCCACUACGGUUGUCCAGCCGUCUUACGUCACCGAGACUGAGUACAAGACCAAUUUUAAGACCAAUUAUGAGACCGAAUACUUAACCGAGACUGUGCACAACACGCAGACCAUCCACUCUACAUACACCCAGGUCGACACAACCUCCGUAUACGUCACCAAGACGCAAGAUCACUACGUUACCAACACCUACCUAGCCGUCCAGCUCAGGCUAUUACCUCAUCAGUACCUCAUUACGUCACCACCACAUCAGAGAUCAACCACUACGUCACCGUCACAAAGGAAUCGCAACGCCCUAUAUUAAGAAUGGCGGCUACGGAUACGGGAAGUAAUUCGCAACCGGACGACCGAACCAGAAACGAAUAUGCCACGUUACUCAGGAACUUACUGAAGGUGCCUUUGCAGGGGACGGUUGGAGACACUUCGGAAACCUGGGUGGAAUCCGGAGUGGUUGAGGGGAAUCAUAAGGGCAUUUAUAGAAUAGAGAGAGAAGAGAAGAG